AUGGAGACCUACUCACUCUUCUUCUUCAUAUUCAUCUUCAACUUCUUCUUCCCCUUCUACUUCUACAUUCACAUUCUUUUUCUUCUUUCAUAUACUUCUUCCUUUUCUUCUUCUUCUUCUUACCCUUUCUUCUUUCAUAUUCUUUUUCGUCUCAUUCUUCUUUUUCUUCCCAUUCUUCUUCUUUCAUAUUCUUCUUCUUCUUUCCCUUCUUCUUCCUCUUCUUCUUUAAAAUUCUUCUUCUUCUUCUUCACCUUAUUCUUCUUCACCUUCUUCUUCCCUAUUCUUUUGCUUUCGCUAUUUUACUUUCUUUCGUCUUUGUUCUUUUUUUCUUACACAUUUCUUAUUUUCGUUUUCCUUUCUUUCUUUCUUUCACUUUUCUUGCUUUCUUUUUCGUUAUUUCACGUUACUUUUUUCUUUCUUUCUUUCUUUCUUUCUUUCGUUCACAUUUAUUUCUUCAUCUGUUCCUUUCUUUUUUCCAUUCUUUCUUUCAUUCUUUAUGGCUUACCAUUUUCUUUCCUUCUUUCUUUCACUCAUGGUUUUUCCUUUUUAUUUCUUUCUUUCAAUCUAUCAUUUCUCUUUCUUUAUUCAUUUCUUUCUUUCUUUCACUUUACCUUUUCUUUCUUUCUUUCUUUCUUUCUUUCUUUCUUUCUUUCUUUCUUUCUUUCUUUCUUCCACCAUCUUUAUUUGCUUCUUUCUUUUUUCUUUUUUCUUUCUUCCUUUCUUUCUUUUUUCUUUCUUUCUUUCUUUCUUUCUUUCUUUCUUUCUUUCUGUAUAAUCUCUUUUACGAAAUAUGUAACACAAAAUCUAUCUAUCUAUCUAUCUAUCUAUCUAUCUAUCUAUCUAUCUAUCUAUCUAUCUAAGUUUGUUCAUUAUCUAUCUAUCUAUCUAUCUAAGUUUGUUCAUUAUCUAUCUAUCUAUCUAUCUAAGUCUGUUCAUUAUCUAUCUAUCUAUCUAUCUAAGUCUGGUCAUUCUCUAUCUAUCUAUCUAUCUAUCUAUCUAUCUAAGUCUGUUCAUUAUCUAUCUAUCUAUCUAUCUAUCUAUCUAUCUAUCUAUCUAUCUAAGUCUGGUCAUUAUCUAUCUAUCUAUCUAUCUAUCUAUCUAUCUAUCUAUCUAAGUCUGGUCAUUAUCUAUCUAUCUAUCUAUCUAUCUAUCUAUCUAAGUCUGGUCAUUAUCUAUCUAUCUAUCUAUCUAUCUAUCUAUCUAUCUAUCUAUCUAUCUAAUUACUGA